AUCCGGCCAACACAACGGUGAAAGAUCGCCAGUGAAAGACGUUCCUCUUUGCGACGUCCACGUUUCGGCUUCGUAUACCCUCUUAGUCGCCGCGAAAUUCAACGAGCGAGCAUGUUGCUCUAUCUGACGACGCUACUAUUGGUAGCUACCACAGUGUACUCGAAACCAGCUCCGGAACCACCGAGUUCGUACUUCCCCCCACCAAGCGGAGGCGGCCCAAGCGGACCCGGUAGUUAUGGGCCACCUUCGCUUCCGGAUCGCUACGGACCUCCUCAGCAGCCACCCGUCGUUCACAAGCACGUUUACGUCCACGUGCCGCCACCAGAAGCUCCAGAAUACAAACCACCGAAAUACAUACCGGCCGCGUCACCACCACAGAAACACUACAAGAUCGUGUUCAUAAAGGCACCGACGCCACCAACGCCAACGGCUCCGGCUCUGCCGCCGCUCCCACCUCAAGACGAAGAGAAGACCUUGAUCUACGUGCUGGUGAAGAAACCAGAAGAAGCGCCGGAAGUUGUGCUGCCCACGCAAGCGCCUACGCAACCUAGCAAACCCGAAGUAUACUUCAUCAGAUACAAGACACAGAAGGAACAACAGAGCGCAGAAUACGGACCUCCCCAACAAUCGCCACCCUCGGACAACUAUGGCGCUCCUCCAUCAAGCUCCGGUGGUCCUUACUAAAUAGCUUUACCUCCCAUAAACUCGUUUCCUGUGAACGAAAUACUCAGAACAGAUGAAUCUCAAACCACAGAGACUUUGUUCUAAACAGUAAGCUCAUCGAUUACGAGAUCUCGUAAACGUUGUGGCAGCAGAUAAUAGAAAUGUUACCGGUAUUAAUCAUUAUAGGUUCCGUAAAUAGAUUUAGAUAUCGAUAUCAUUUAGCCUUGUACAUUCCUAGCAACUUAUUCGCAACACCCUGAGAUACAGACUUGCUACGUUCGCAAAAUUUCUUGAGAAACCGACAGGUAAUCGAAUAUCCGAGGUAUAAACAUAUUCGACCACAAAAUUUUAUAUUCAUUAGGCACCUGUGUUUCUGAAAAUUAAAGUCUCCUGAUAUCUGUUAAUGAGCUUUCUAGACGAUGUUCGCGAUUUCCUGAUCGAUGUAAAUGAUUGUAACCUAUGUAUGUGUAUUUUAAUAAAUAUAUUUGUACUUUUGUAGAAA